AUGGUUGAUAUUUCGCUAAAACAACUUUAUGAUGAAAAAUAUAUUGAACAAGGGAAUAUAUUGUUAUACAAUAGAAUUUAUAAAGAUGUAAAGUUUACAUAUGAGUGCAAAAUUAAAGAUAUCUACGAAAAGAAGUUUCUUGUUGUUCUCACUUCUGCUGAAAAUAUGGAAAUGUUAUGCAAUAGUUUAAUUGAUCUUGAACUGUAUAUUCUCCAUUCAGAUAUCCACUUUAAAGAUAUUUUGCUGUCUACUGAAAAUCCUUAUGAUUGGUUUUCUAUCAAAGAUAAGGAUGUAAUUAAAGGAAGCAUUACUGAGUUAAAAAACCAGUAUGUAAAAGACAACACAGCAAAAGAACUUGGUAGACGCAAAUUAUACCCAAUAUUAGAUCCUUACCGCUCCAAAUUUUUUGACAAGGUUAAAAAUAAUUUUCGGAUGCAAUUUAAGAAAUUUUCUUUUUCAUAUGUGUGUGAGGCAUUGGUAGAUGAUAAAGAAGCUAUAAUUGUCUUUAUGGAUCAACUGGAAGAAGCUUCUGUACAUUUACCAGCAAAAUUUGAAGGCUUUCUUGUAUUUAUUUCUUAUGAAGUUUUUCAACUACAUUAA